UGAUAAAGGCAGGGCUGCUCCGCUCCGCCCUGCUGUGCUCCCUGCUCCCUUCGCACCGCUCUCGCACCGGCCCGGAGCCGCUGCGCCACGCCGGGAGGCGGAGGUGCCCUGUCUGUCCUUCAGGCCGGCAGGCGAAGGUAUCUGAAGAAAUAGCCUGAAGAUGAACUUCUUCCUGGAAACAUUAAAAUUCAUUGUACUUUUUAUUUAUUACUCACUGGAGUCACUGGUGUUCUUGGUUGUUCCUGUACGGAAGAAGAAUGUUAGUGGUGAAAUUGUAUUAAUAACAGGUGCAGGAAGUGGCAUUGGAAGACUCUUAGCAAUUAAGUUUGCCAGCCUUGGAGCCACGGUGGUCCUCUGGGAUAUUAAUCAAGAGGGGCUCAACUGUGCAGUUAGACUGGCCAGAGAAAAUGGAGCAGGAAGAGUACACUCGUACAUCUGUGACUGUAGCAAAAGACAGGAUGUCUACAGAGUAGCUGACCAGGUUAAAAAAGAAGUUGGCGAUGUCAGCAUUCUAAUCAACAAUGCUGGUAUUGUAAUUGGGAAAAGAUUCCUUGAUUCUCCAGAUUCACUUCUGGAAAAAACCAUGGAAGUGAACACAAUGGCACACUUCUGGACUUACAAAGCCUUCCUCCCAGCAAUGAUUGCCUCUAACCAUGGACACUUGGUUAGCAUUUCAAGCUGUGCAGGCCUGUGUGGAAGCAAUCAGGUUUCAGAUUAUUGUGCAAGUAAAUUUGCAGCAAUUGGUUUUGCAGAGUCAAUUGAUGCAGAGAUGAGAGUUCUGAGAAAGACUGGUGUUAAAACCACAAUUGUGUGUCCUUUCGUCAUAAACACAGGAAUGUUUGAUGGUGUUAAAUCUAAGUGGCCACAUGUGCUUCCUAAUCUGGAUCCAGAGUAUGUGGCUGACAGGAUAAUCAGCGCGGUUCGGCAGAACCAAGAAGUGUUGUUUAUACCACGCAUGGUUUAUGUUUUGUACUUUUUGAAAAGCUUCCUACCAGUGAAAGCAUCUCUUCUCCUUUUCGACUACUUUGCAAGCAGAGAUUUCAUGAAUACCUUCACAGGUCGACCAAAGAAGGAGUGAAAAAGCACAAAAUUCAGAGACUAGCAGCUCCAAAGUGGAUGUUGUUAAAGGUGGUAGUGGGAAAAGUUCUCUUCACUAGCAGCUGUGAACUUUGGGUGCCUCAUUUCUCUGUAGUAACAAGAUUUUUAAGACUUGCUUUUUAACUGACUCCUAAUCAACAGCUUUCAUCUGAACUAUUUUUUUUAGUCCAGUGAAUUGUUUUCACCACACUAUGAAAAUACAUCAAUUGAAUUUAGUUGCUUUGGUUUAUAAUGCCUUAAAUGUGAUCCUGCAUCACAAACCAGUAAUUGGCAACUUUAGGGGGUAGACCAAGAAACCACAUGUAUUUAGCAGGUAGCCAGAAAAGCCUCCAGUGGAUCUGACUUCUUGCUGCCAUUCAGGGAACCAUGAGGAUGGGCUGUACUGCUGGUGCCUUUAGUAUUCCCUGGUAAGCUGAAGAAUUCAAGAAUUUCCUCAAACAACAGAUUCUAACUCUUACAAAUAAAAGUGUUGUGAAAUAAAAA